AUGAGUGUUGAAAACUGUUGGUAUUUUUUAGUUGUCAAAAGCCGUGAACUUUCAUUCACUGCGUUCUGUGUGAAAGCUGUGACACUGGCAGUGAAAAAUCAUAGCCUCUUGAAACAUCUGGCUACUGAACGCAUUAAAGUUGCAAAGCUGAAACAGAAACUUUUGCAUCAAGGCUUACUGAGUCAGACACUGGAUACGUCUUCGCUUCUACAACUGACAUCACAGAACCUGGAGUCAUCUGAGACGAAAGAAAACAAAUUUCUCGCUACCAACAAUUUUUGCAAUUUAAAAAUUAGCGAAAGUGAUUCGGUCGAUAAAAGAGCCGAAGAUUAUGAUGUUGUGGCUGAUACGGAAAUGGACUUUCGCAAGAUUGUUGAUGGAGAUUGUAAAAUUGGAAAUCGGAAUUUCGAUAAACCAGUUACCACUGUUCCAAGCAGAACAAAAAAUAGUCCGGAUGAAAACAUAAAACUCGUCAUUAUUGAUGAGGUAUGUGUUCUCUGGGCAUGA